AUGUCUCCUCCGAUUUCUCUGAUAGCCUUUUCCUGUGCCACAUGCUGGCAGACAUGGCCGACGUGGACGUCUCGCAAUCAGCAUGUGGACGCCAAGUUCCUUCAGAUUCCCGAUUUCGAAUGCGAAAGUUGCGACCGCUACUUUAACCGUCGAAAGGCCGUCGAACAGCAUAUGGAUGCCCUUGGUCACUGGGCAGAUUCGACCUCUGACGAACCCGGACAGUAUUGCGAUUUCGACGCUUGCUCCGAGGUCUUCGAUGACGAAGAACUGAGAGACCACGACAUUGAGAAACAUUUCUACUGUGAUUAUUGGUAUCACAGAUGUUGUGAUACUGGUGAUCACGAGUAUCGAGCCUUUCAGCAGGGUGAAGUAGCAGUGAUUCUAUUGAUAAUACUGAUUCUCAGGGAACAGAAGAGUAGAAUAUGA